AUGCCACCACCCGAAGACGCGAAUCCCCCCCAAAAGCCCUUCUCCCUCUCCCUCUCAAGUACCUCCCAACUCAAAAAGCCCUCCUUCAACCUCAAACCCUCCUCCCGCGACCCCUCCACCCAAAACCGUGCCCUCCCCCGCCGUCCACACCAUCUCCACCAUGACUCCGACUCCGACAACGACGAGGAAACCCUCCCAGCCGCCGAAGCGGUAACAGGCUUCGACACGCAUACCGGUGCAGCGAUCGCGGCGGACGGCACCAAGAUCAGCGCCGAAAAGGAGAAACUGGUUAUACCCGUUGUCAGCGGGAAUAAUUGGCGCGAGCGGCCGGGGGUAAAUAUCCGGGCGCGGGGGAAGAAUCUGUUGCCGAAGGAGGUGCAGGCGAUACGCGAGGCUGAGAAGAGGGGUGAGACGGCUGGGGAUAAUGUUGAGAGGGAGGGGCCGAGUAUGGCGUACGGUAUUAGUUUUGCGCAGCCGUCUGGAGACAAGAAGGCGGAUGGGGAUGAGGAUAGAGAGAUGAAAGAUGCGGAUAAGGAACUGGCGCCUGCUACUGAGGAGCGGAAACCGCGGACGGAGGAUGAGAUUGCGCUGCAAGCUCUUAUUCGGGAGACUAAUGGGGAGCUACAGGGGUCAGAUUUGAUUAUUGAGUCUGCGAAACGCGAUGAGGGGGGAGAUACUGGGCCGCGAUAUGAUGAGACGACCUCCUUCCGCGCUGAUGUUGAAGCGCGGCCUGAGCCUGCGACAUUAGACCAGUACAAUGCGAUUCCCGUGGAGGAAUUCGGUGCAGCGCUACUACGGGGUAUGGGUUGGAAAGACGGACAGUCAAUUGGGAGGGGGAAUUACGGCUCGACGGCGAAUCCCAUCCGUCCGCGCAUCCCGGAACGACGACCAGGAUUCCUUGGGAUCGGAGCGAAAGAUGCCUCUGGCGGUAAAGGCGCGGAGAUGGAACUCGGCGCUUGGGGCAAAUCGGCGAUGCGCAAGGGUGCUCGAAAUGCCGAGAAGGAAGGUGGCGGGAGUACUGAAGGUGUUUAUAUGCCCGUGAUGAUGAGAAACAAGCAGACAGGGGAAUACAUAACCGAGGAAGAGCUCAGCGCUCUCCAGAAAGAAGCCAAGGCCCGGAAAGUCGACAAGGAUGAUGAGUGGAAGGAGCGACGGGAUCGCAAUCUGGAAAAGAGUGGGCGCGAUCGGGAUCGGGACCGGGACCGCGAUCGUGACUACAAAAGACAUGACUACGACGAUGACGACCGUUACGAAAGACGGAAGGGGUCCUCGCGACGGGAUAGAGACAGGAGCUCGUCUGGUGAUCGCCAUUUGAGACGUGAUCGGAGAGACAACGAUAAUCGAUACUAUCGGGACCGGGGCCGGGACCGUGAUAGUACGAGGGAUCGUGAGAGGGAGAGGGAGCGCGACAGGGACAGAGACAGGGAAAGGCGUCAUCGGUACCGUGACGACGACCGGUACAGUUCGAGGCAUUCGUCUUCCAGACGUGACCGGGAUCGGGACCGCGAUAGUGACCGCGAUUCGCACAGGAGGAGACGUGAUGACCGAUAG